UACUCGUGACAGUUGCUUCUUCUUGCCACGCUUAAGUGUUAGUACACGCUGGCGACUGUUUGUGUUUUUUGCCUUAAUACUAUGCUAGCGUCUAAGUUUUUUGUAUUUUUUGCCUGGCCUUGUGGAAUUAAAAUAGAUCCUUACCUGCACGGCACACUGCUCCUGCCACUUCCUGCUUGGUUCUCUGCAUCCGUGAGAACACAACCCUCGCAGCUAUGCAACCCCAUGAUCGCAACAGUUUUGCAAAAGGAUAGUGACUGGUGCAAAGCGGAACUACAUGGGAAUGAGGGCUUUGUUCACAGCAAUUAUAUUAAAUAUAAACCACACCCAUGGUUCCUUGGGAAAGUUGACGAAGCCGAAGCUGAGGAAAUACUUAAGGCCAUGCCACGCGAUGGAAACUUCCUUGUACGAGAAGACAAGCACUCACCAGGAUCCUUCAAGCUCUCUGUCAAGAGUGGAAAUGGCGUGGAGCAUUUCAAUAUACUUCGUGAUGUUUCCGGAAAAUAUUUCAUUUGGGUGGUGAAGUUCAACUCCAUAAAUCUCCUGGUGUCAUACUUCCACAUGUCUUCAGUCUCUCAACAUCAUAGUCUGAUACUCAAGACAGAUGAGCUUCAGCCCGAGAAACAACGUUUUGUGGCAAUCUACGACUUUAAGCCCCAGGAGAAGGGUGAACUGGCCCUCAAGAAAGGGGACGUCAUUAAGCUGUAUGAUGACUCGAAUGGCCAAUGGUGGAAAGGCGAGUGCAACGGAAAGAUGGGCAUGUUCCCGUGCACGUAUGUGACUCCACUGGAAAAAUAGACGCAGCGACUCGGCGGACGGGAACAUGAAAUGCGUGUGGUUUCAUUAUGAUGAUUGCUGUAGGUUGUGGCUAGGACAACACUUUGUCUAUUCACUUUAUUUGUAUCGCCUUGGGAAACUAACAAGAUUUCUUACAAAUUACUUCUUUUGAAAUGCUGGGUGUUAUAUUUGUAUUACUUUUAUGUGACUAAUGUGUCGGACUAUCACUUUGUCUCAUAUGAACUUGUUGAUUGUUGUGAGGGAAGAUAAUUGCUCUGAUGUGAUGGGUCGGACUGUGCGUAGGUUUG